AUGGCAAGGAUUCUAGGCAUCGACCUCGGCACGACCAAUUCGGUGGCUGCGGUGAUCGAGGCCGGUGAGGCCGAUGUGGUUGAGAGCGCCGAGGGGAACCGCAUCACGCCCUCAGUGGUCGCGGUCAACGCCCGUAGCGGCGAGCGGUAUGUCGGGCAAACCGCCAAGCGACAGGCCGUUACCAACCCGGACAACACCAUCUUCUCCGUGAAGCGACUCAUGGGAAGGCGUUUCACCGACCCCGAGGUCCAGGACGCCGCCAGGCGCCUGCCCUACACCAUCGCCUCCGGCGACAACGGCGACGCCCACGUGGAGAUGGCCGGCCAGAACUACGCGCCCCCCCAGAUCUCCAGCAUGAUCCUGCAGAAGAUCCGCCAGGACGCUGAGGCCAAGCUCGGCGAGCGGAUCACCGAGGCCGUCAUCACGGUCCCGGCCUACUUCAAUGACUCCCAGCGCCAGGCCACCGUGGACGCCGGCAAGGUCGCCGGUCUGGACGUCAAGCGAAUCAUCAACGAACCCACCGCCGCCGCGUUGGCUUACGGUAUCGACCGGCAGCAGACCGACUCCAAGAUCGCGGUGUUCGACCUCGGCGGCGGCACCUUUGACGUCACCAUCCUCGACCUCGGCGCCGGGGUGUUCGAGGUACUGUCCACCAACGGGGACACCUAUCUCGGCGGCGAUGACUUCGACGAAGCCAUUUUGAACUGGCUGGUCACGGAGUUUCGCGCCGAAACCGGGAUCGACCUGGCUCAGGACCGCAUGGCCCUCCAGCGCCUCCGCGACGCCGCCGAGCGCGCCAAGAUCGAGCUGUCCAGCACCCUGGAAACGGAAAUCAACCUGCCGUUCAUCACCGCCGACGCCAGCGGCCCGCAGCACCUGGUGAAGCCCCUCAGCCGUUCUCGCCUCGAGCAGCUGGUGGCCCAGCUGGUUGACCGCACCGAGGGCCCCUGCCGGCAGGCCAUCACGGACGCCGGCGUCAGCGCGGGCAGCAUCAACGACGUCAUCCUCGUGGGCGGCAUGACGCGCAUGCCCGCGGUCCAGGCCAAGGUCCAGCAGAUUUUCGGGAAGGAACCGUCCCGUUCCGUCAAUCCGGACGAGGCGGUGGCCCUGGGCGCGGCCAUCCAGGCCGGCGUGCUGGGCGGCGAGGUGGGCGACAUCGUUCUGCUGGACGUUACCCCGCUGACCCUCGGGAUCGAAACCCUGGGCAACGUGACCACCGCGCUGAUCUCGCGCAACACCACCAUCCCCACUAAGAAGACCGAGACCUUCACCACCGCCGCCGACGGCCAGUCCAGCGUGGACAUCCACGUGCUGCAGGGCGAACGGCCCAUGUCGGCCGACAACAAGACCAUCGGCCGUUUCAUGCUGGACGGUAUUCUGCCGGCCCGCGCGGCGUGCCGCAGAUCGAGGUCACCUUCGACAUCGAUUCCAACGGCAUCCUGA